AUGGGGGUCCAGACGAAGCAGUUGCAAGGGGACCCAGAUGAAGCAACAUGGGGGUCCAGACGAAGCAGUUGCAAGGGGACCCAGAUGCAGCAACAAGCCCGUGCUACUGAGGGAAAUUGUGACGCGUGCCGCCCGCCCUCUCCUGCCGCCCGCCGCCGCCCUCUCCUGCCGCCUGCCGCCGCCCUCUCCUGCCGCCCUCUUCUGCCGCCCUCUCUGCCGCCCUCUCCUACCACCCUCUCCUACCACCCUCUCUUACCGCCCUCUCCUACCGCCCUCUCCUACCGCCCUCUCCUGCCACCCUCUCCUGCCGCCCUCUCCUGCCGCCUGCCGCCGCCCUCUCCUGCCGCCUGCCGCCGCCCUCUCCUGCCGCCGCCCUCUCCUGCCGCCGCCCUCUCCUGCCGCCCUCUCCUGCCGCCCUCUCUGCCGCCCUCUCCUACCACCCUCUCCUACCACCCUCUCUUACCGCCCUCUCCUACCGCCCUCUCCUGCCACCCUCUCCUGCCGCCCUCUCUGCCGCCCUCUCUGCCACCCUCUCUGCCGGCCUCUCUGCCGCCCUCUCUGCCGCCCUCUCUGCCGCCCUCUCUACCGCCCUCUCCUACCGCCUAUCCUCCCCUUCUGAUGAACAUUUACACCCUCUUUUACGUCUUGUUUCCACCCUCUCCAGGUGGAGGCCAGUGUGAGGGUGCUGCAGCAGGUGGAGGCCAGUGUGAGGGUGCUGCAGCAGGUGGAGGACAGAGAGUGAGGUGCAGCAGGUGGAGGCCAGAGAGUGAGGGUGCUGCAGCAGGUGGAGGCCAGUGUGAGGGUGCUGCAGCAGGUGGAGGCCAGUGUGAGGGUGCUGCAGCAGGUGGAGGCCAGUGUGAGGGUGCUGCAGCAGGUGGAGGGCUGAGAGUGAGGGUGCUGCAGCAGGUGGAGGCUAGUGUGAGGGUGCUGCAGCAGGUGGAGGCCAGAGUGAGAGUGCUGCAGCAGGUGGAGGCCAGAGUGAGAGAGCUGCAGCAGGUGGAGGCCAGAGUGAGAGUGCUGCAGCAGGUGGAGGCUAGUGUGAGGGUGCUGCAGCAGGAGGAAGAGAGCAGCAAGUGCUGCCUGUGA